AUGCCUGGAGAAAUGUUCGCUGACUUUGCAGCAGGACUCCGUGAUGCAGCUGGCCAGAACCGAGUGAGAGAGGAAACCCUGCUGGGCCAGUUAUAUCGUGGACUAGACAAAACUACCCGGCAGCUGGUCAAAUUGGAACCGGCGCCAACAACGCUGGGCGAAGCUAUCGACAAGCCAAUGACGAUAGAUGACUCGAGCUACAACGUAGCCCUCGGCAUGAUCAACAACGGCCAAGCGCGGGUCAUGAAUCUGUCGGUACAAAUGGACGGUACGAAGGGCGCGAUGCAAGCGAUUCCUUGUAUCGGCUGUAUACCGGCUGACGCCGAGGACGAUGAGGACAUGGAAGACAAGAGCCGUGUGUUCUUUACGAACCCACAAGAUAAUGACGCCAACGUAUGGGUGGCGCCAGGUGGGAGAACAUGGAACGGAAGGUACUGGCGAUUGAAUAAGAAGAGUCGUGGCCGAGAGCGAAGGACGGCAUCUCAAGCCCAGCGGGAAUUGAAUAAGCGGUACGUCAGACCGGACAAGAAGGUAAGAGUUCUGAUGGUGAUGGCAGACGAAGACGCGAGCAGCAACGAGGAAUCAGAAGUUCCAUCGUCGCCACCACGGAAGAAGAAUCGAAACGCACGUGUACGACAGACGAAGGCGCCCGACAAGACACCGGGUUCACGCCACCCAACUCGGAACGGCCCGGCGGCAAGCGCCCAGGUGAGGAAAACAAGGGUUUUGCGUGUGGGCAAUCUGGUCACUUUGCGAGGGACUACACCGACCCCACAGUGA